AUGGUCGGAUCGCUCGCGUACGCGCACUACUUGCAGUUCGAAGCUUCUCUCGCGGCUGCCCAGGCCCGUGCUGGAAUCAUACCCCAGGAGGCAGCAGACGUUAUCGCGGCCCAGACAAUCGAGACGAUCGACAUGGAGGAGCUGGCUGAGGAGACCAAGGCAAUUGGAUACCCCGUGUUACCCUUGGUCAAACAGCUGGCUCGUUGUACACGCGAUGAAGGACAUCAUCGACGUCCUGCGCGCGAUUUAUCAGAUAAAUAUGCCGAUACGCCGAUGACCGCCCGCUCCAAUCUCCAGCAGGCCGUUCCAAUGACGUUCGGAUUCAAAAUGGCUCGCCUUCUGGCCACCUUUAUGCGCCAUGAGCAACGCCUAUCUCAGCUCCUGUCCCGACUCCUCGUCGUUGAAUUUGGAGGUGCAGCGGGAACGCUUGCAACGAUAGCCGAAUACGGGUUUGAAGUGGCCCUUCAAGUGCAAGCAGGCGUCGCCGAAGGACUUGGUCUCAGCCGACCAGAAAUCGCCUGGCACACAGAGCGCGACUGGAUCGCCGAGGUCGGUGCCUUCUUCGCGCUUCUCACUGGUACCUGCGCCAAGUUCGCUCUCGACGUCAAGUUACUCAUGCAGACGGAGGUGGGUGAGGUCUACGAGCCCUAUGCGCCACACCGCGGAUCGAGCAGCACGAUGCAGAAAAGGAAGCCCAUCUCAAGCGUGUACAUCACUGCGAUGGCGAGCACCGUCAAGCAGCUAAGCGCCGCGCUGUUCGAGGCCUUGGUAGAGGACCAUGGACGGAGCACGGGUCCAUAG